UCGCUUCAAACCUCAAUAACAUCUCUCUCUCUCAUUACCCUUUCGCAACACAAAAUACACUAACAACUUCCCCUUACACUCGAACUUGCAAAAAUGUUUGAAUUUUCCGGUGACGGCGACUACUUGUCGCGCCGUAGCGUUUGGGUUCAUGGCCCGGUCAUAGUAGGGGCCGGGCCGUCGGGGCUAGCCGUGGGAGCUUGCCUGAAAGAACAAGGGAUUCCCUUUGUAGUCCUCGAGAAAGCAAGUUGCAUUGCAUCUUUAUGGCAAAACAGGACUUACGAUCGCCUCAGGCUUCACAUCCCCAAGAAGUUCUGCCAGCUGCCAAAGCUCCCAUUCCCCCAAGAAUUCCCUGAAUACCCCACCAAGAAACAGUUCAUAGACUACCUCGAGUCGUACGCAAGCCGGUUCGACAUCAAGCCUGAGUUCAACGAGUGCGUGAAGUCGGCCAAGUACGACGAGGCCUGCCAGUUGUGGCGAGUCAAGACCGUGUCCGCAGCCGGGUCGUCUCGCACCGAGGUCGAGUACAUUUGCCAGUGGCUUGUGGUGGCGACCGGUGAGAAUGCGGAGUGCGUGGUGCCGGAGAUUGAUGGGUUGAAGGAGUUCUCUGGCGAAGUCAUCCACGUCUCCGAGUACAAGUCCGGCGAAAAGUUCGCCGGGAAGCGGGUUCUGGUCGUGGGUUGCGGCAAUUCCGGCAUGGAAGUCUCUCUUGACCUCUGCAAUUACAAUGCCAAACCAUCCAUCGUGGUCAGAAACUCUGUUCAUGUAUUGCCAAGGGAGUUUUGCGGGAAGUCGACGUUCGAGUUGGCGAUGAUGAUGAUGAAGUGGCUGCCUCUGUGGCUGGUUGACAAGAUCCUGUUGAUUCAGGCAUGGUUGAUACUGGGAAACACAGAGAGCUAUGGGCUGAAAAGGCCGUCAGUUGGUCCAAUGGAGCUCAAGAAUGCCAAGGGGAAGACCCCUGUUCUUGACGUUGGUGCCCUGCAAAAGAUCAGAUCAGGUGACAUCAAAGUGGUUCCUGGAAUCAAGAGGUUCUUAAAAGGUGCUGUGGAGCUCGUUAACGGCGAAAAACUCGAGAUCGACUCGGUCGUUCUUGCCACCGGGUAUCGCAGCAACGUCCCGUACUGGUUACAGGAAACUGAAUUCUUUUCCCAGAAUGGAUUCCCAACGUCACUAUUUCCGAACGGGUGGAAAGGGAAAUCUGGUCUCUAUGCAGCAGGGUUCACCAAGAAAGGGCUAUCCGGUACAUCUGCAGAUGCUAUCAAAAUCGCGCAAGACCUUGAAGAGGUCGUUGUUGAAGAUUUGAAGCAGAAACAGCGGAAAGUCUCUUGCCAUCGACGGUGUAUUUCGCAGUUGUGAUCACCCAAGUUUCUAUCUAGGCUAAUUGUCAUCGACGGUGUAUUUCGCAGUUCUGAUCACCCAAGUUUCUAGCUAGGCUAACUUUCCCUCUCAGUUCUCACUGUAGAUAAAAGUGGCAUUUUUUGGUUUGUAAAGAUAGAACAAUCAUGUACAAAUACAAAGAAAGAACCAAACUACAAAUAGGACAGAGACCAGCACUCCCCCCCACAAAAGUCCAUGUUUUGACCAAUGUUUUGGGCAUUUUGUAUACUGAGGGUGAUCAACUAUAAUGACAAAAGAUCUUCCCCU